CAUCCGCGCCCGCUGCCUGAGGAUGGAGAGCCGCGAACCCCAGGCUGUGACGACAGCUGCAGCUCCACCUUUGGUCGAGGAGGCCUGAGGGACCGGCCACCUUGGUGCACCAGGAGACCGAGGCGAGUGGCCUCGAGAGAGUGAGGACAAUGGAAGCCAACGUGCCAAAGCGGAAGGAGCCUGGAAAAUCCCUCCGCAUCAAAGUCAUCUCCAUGGGCAACGCCGAAGUGGGGAAAAGCUGUAUUAUAAAGCGGUACUGUGAGAAAAGAUUUGUGUCUAAAUACCUUGCAACAAUUGGAAUUGACUAUGGAGUCACAAAAGUACAAGUCAGAGAUAGAGAAAUCAAAGUCAACAUCUUUGAUAUGGCUGGCCAUCCCUUCUUCUAUGAGGUGCGCAAUGAAUUCUACAAGGACACACAGGGCGUGAUUCUGGUCUAUGACGUUGGGCAGAAAGACUCCUUCGAUGCCCUUGAUGCAUGGCUGGCAGAAAUGAAGCAGGAGCUUGGGCCUCAUGGAAAUAUGGACAAUAUUAUAUUUGUGGUGUGUGCCAACAAGAUCGACUGCACGAAGCAUCGCUGCAUUGAUGAAAGUGAAGGGCGUCUCUGGGCUGAAAGUAAAGGGUUUCUGUAUUUUGAAACUUCAGCACAAACUGGAGAAGGUAUCAAUGAGAUGUUUCAGACCUUUUAUGUGUCCAUAGUUGACUUAUGUGAAAAUGGUGGGAAGCGUCCAACUACAAACAGCAGUGCUAGUUUCACCAAAGAACAAGCAGACACAAUUCGCAGAAUUCGCAAUAGCAAAGAUAGCUGGGACAUGCUGGGAGUCAAACCCGGGGCAUCAAGGGAGGAAGUCAAUAAGGCCUACCGGAAGCUUGCUGUGCUGCUCCACCCUGACAAAUGCACGGCUCCUGGGAGUGAAGAUGCCUUCAAAGCAGUUGUGAAUGCCCGGACAGCCCUCCUGAAAAACAUCAAAUAGGAGACAGAGGGAGACAGCGUUUAGUGCAGACAGACCCCUCUAGUUGAAAAGCCUGCAUGGAGUUUUCCUUCAUGAAAUCUCUCUGCUCUGUUCUCUCCUGUGCCGUCAUUUGUAGCUCGGUAAUGCAGGUGCCUUUUACCAUCUUGCAGGCAUUUACAACAAAGGAUCUGCCUUUGCGUGAGGUGAAGAGAAGCCCGCGUCCUAUGCACUGCACUCCCUUUCCUAUUAUCAGAGUUGGGUUUUCUCAUCUGUUUGUAAGCUUUGUAAUGGGAUUGCCCUUUAGACACAGGCUUGAGAAAGUCCAUGAGGUUACUGGAGGGAGACAAGAGACAGUGUGAAUUUCACGCUUUUACUUUUUAAUUCAUCAUCAGAGAAAAAAGUGGAGGGAGAGAAAACAAAAACAAGCAGACAACUUUCAAGCCCCCAGAAGGCUUGGUUAAAAACAAGUUGUUUCAUUAUCAAUGAAAUGAGUUCCUUUGGUGAUAUUUUAAUUAUCAUUCUAUAAUUAGCUUAGUGUGGUGGCACAUUUGUAUAAUACCAGCACUAAGGAGCCUGAAACAGAAAGAUUGAGAGGUCUAAGCCUUCCUGGGCUACUAGAGUCCCUGUCUGAAAAAAAAAAAAAAAGUAAAAGGCAUCUAUAGUGAGCUCUGGGCACCCCUGUGGAACUAUGUGGAAUAGAGUGACAAUUCUGAUUGACAUUCACUGUGUUUCCUUCGGCAGCCACCAGGGGGAGAGAGAAGCCAGUGCUAAGAGAAGAGUGGGAGGCAGGCUUAGAUGUGGGAACACUACUGGGGCUUACCCGUCCCACCAUCUGAGGCCUUUGCAUGCUGUAGAAAUGGUUGCUGGGAGCAGCUGGGAGCCCUGUGCACUGGAAUGAGACGCAGGCUCCAUGACAGAAGCACUUGCAGGGUACGCUGGAGACUGCACAUGGCCAAACAUAGGCACAUACCCAGAGGGGAAGACCAGCUAAGAGCAGGUGUGUUUGUAGGAGAGGCAGUGUCCUCACAAGCCUCUGUCAGGCUUCCACACCUCUUCUUCCCUCUCUUUGUCUUUCUAUACUCACAUCUGCCUCAGCCUCCUCUCUUCCCCCCUGCCAGCCUUGCCCUGGGCUUGGUUGGCCAGAAACAAGUUGAUCCUUUGGGGACAGUGGGGCAAAUCUAAGCCCUGUAUGGGACAGAAUACUUCUAAUUUCUGCUUGGGCUACAAAUUUCUAAAUAGCAAAAAUCCUAAGCUACAGAUUAUAAAAACUAAUUUCCCAUGGAGAAUCUGUUCCGUGGCACAGUAUCAUAGGGAGUGGAGAAGAGGCAUAGUGUAGAGGAGGUCUUCUCUCCAGUGCUUGGGGAACCUGCCUGUGGCCUGACUCAUUAUGGCAUCACUCUCAUUAUAUCACAUUUUUAGCUGCAGCCACCUGUGCCAGUUGGAGCUUUGAAGUAGAGCAAAUGUUACUAUUCUGUGAGUUUUAACCGCUUUCCCAUCCCAUAUUGAUUGCCAAAUAGCAUAACUUUAGUAGCUAAGUACCAUCCAAGCUACUUCACUUUUCUGGGUUUUUCACUUCCCUGAAAGCAGCCUCACUUUGUGUGUCAGAAACAGAGCAUUGUUCCCCAAUAUCAGUUUCCUCUGAGUGAUCAUCAAAAAUGCUUAAUUUUCUUUUUUAAGGAGUUGAGAUCUGAUGGAUUACUUCUUGUGAGAUUUUAUUCUGGCCAUUAAAGUAGCUUUUGGGACUACAAGACCCCUACUGAAAUUCUUUUGGUCUAAGUUUUGCUUAAGGCCUUUCUCCUGUCUAAAAUACUCUAGCUUCAGGUUUCUCUUGUAACAGAAUGAAGGAGUCUUUGAAUGAGUAAUUGUACUUAGGCUGUCUGCCCAAAUUGCCUGGACAGCUCUCUGAGGGCAUGGCCCUGCGUAAGGAAUUAAACACUCAGUCACCUCAUUCAGUGUCCUUUCUCAGAUGAGUGAUUAGAGCAGAAAGAAUUCUCUAGAGCUGCAUUCAUACAUUCACAGUCGUUUUUUCAGAUGUAGCCUGGGCUUAGGUUUCAGGACUGGGUUUUCAACAAACUUCAUUAUUAACAUUCAGAAUGGCCAUAUGCUACUUUAUGUACUUAAUAGGAAUAAAAUAGGGAAGUGCUAAGGUUGUAGAAUUUUUCAGAUGUCAGUACCCCAGCCUCAGAACGUUAAGAUGUAACAGAGAAUGAUUUGCAAUGAGAAGUAUUUUUAGUACAAACUUCAUGCCAAACGUUUACAGAUCUCAUGCAUUAAUUUAAGUGCUUGGAGCAGAUGUAUACUUCGUAGUUGAACCUUAUUAAAGUGUCUUCAUGCAGUUAAGAUUUCAAAACACAUUGGUGAGAGUCACAACUAGCAGAAUAAUUUUCAAAAAGAAUAAAAAGUUUGAACAGCUAUAAUUAAAGAAAAGCCAUGUCUUCCACAUCUGAGUCACCACGAAAAAACACUUCUUAAACUUGUGAGAAAUCCCUGGAGGCAUUUGGGAUUGUCUCCCAUCAGCCUACUUAAGCACUUUAAGGACUUCUCCCAUUUGUUCCCCAGCUUCCAUCUCUUGUGCCUCCUCCUUCUCAACUGUCAAUAUUUCUUUCACUUCAGCACUGUCUUUUAUUUCUUCAUGUAAAUGUGCUUACAGUUUUAGUAGCCUGUUAGUUUAAAGUAUAGACUUGCUACUCAGCAGUGCUAAGAUCACUGUACUUGUGAAGAUUGCACACCAGUCUAAGUCUUACAUUUACCUCAGGAAACUUAUUCUAAUGGUAAGUAUUUGAAUUCACAAGUGUAUUGAAUUCUCACGUGGUAAAUAUUUCUUUAUGCCUAGAAAGUAGCACCUCAUUCAUGAUUAGUUAAAUGAGCCAUAGAUAAGGCAGUUAGAUGCCUGGAAUGUCUCCUCAGAGCUGUGACAGUCACCAGAGGGAGGGAGAGAUUUCCAGCUCAGGUUAGAGCUGUGUGCAGAUUGCCUUGUGAUAGUGACAGUACUGCCCCUCUAACUGUAAACUCAGUAGGCUUAGAAAGGCUCCUCAUUUGUCCCUGCACCCCUGGAACUUGCCUGAGUCUGCCACUGCUUUUUGUAGAACUUGAGGUAAUGAAUUUAGCUGCUUGGCAGAGUACAGAGCAGUUCCUGUCUCUCAUACUUGGUAUUGAGCACAAUUUUAAGACAGUCAGUGCUGUCUGGACAUUGAUAUUUUCCAUUAUCCAUUCCUACAAAAGAAAGAAGCUUGUGAUGUGGAUAAAAAGUGAGAUUAUAUCUAAUAAGCAGUGCAAUAUUAAGCUGUACAGUGCCAUGAAGGCCCUUGGUGAGGGGCUUUUGCUGGGACCUUGACCUUUUGGGUUAGCUGUUUGCCCUGGAUGCCCCCUGGGCAUUCUUGCCCUCUGACUGUGAAUGCAGAGUCUUUGCUCCUGAAAGGUAAUGCCCAUAUUUGCUUUCUGGUGAACUAACUGAAGCUGUUAAAUCUAUGUUUAUGUCUUGUAUACAGAGUGCCAUACGUAUUUAAGUUGUGUAUUUUUAUAAAGUAAAGCCAAAUAUCAAA